AUGGAACCUGAUCCCAACAUCGUCGCCAUCUUUGGUCCACCUCCAGAUGGCCUCGACAUUUCAGAAAGCAGCGUCGCUCGCAAUGAUGCCGCCGUCAUAGUACUAGCCGUGCUAGCCUCCGUGGCCGUGGUGCUCCGGCUGAUGGCGAGGUUUCUUCAAGGGCAUAGUCUAAGGGCUGAUGAUUGGACGAUUCUUCUCUCACUUCUUCUCGUAGGCGCCACCGUCGGCCUUAGCAUCGCAGGAGGAGCCUACGGCGCAGGUAACCACAUCUGGUCAUUCACACCUCUAGACCUAACACAAGUCUUCAAAAUCCUCUACGCCUACACCUUCAUCUACGGCACUGCCUGCGCCGCCACCAAAAUCUCCAUCCUCCUCUUCUACCAACGCAUCUUCCUCCUCUCCACCGCCUCCUCCCCGUCCUUCAAGUUCUCCCUUGUCGCAGGCUACGUCCUCUCCAUCGCCUACCCCAUCAUCAUCUGGGCCACCAUGGCCAACGCGUGUCGCCCGCUCUCGUUUUACUGGAACCAAUUUGUGGGCGAAGAGGGCAAAUGCAUCGACAUUAACACCUUUUACCUCGCGCUCGCCAUCAUCAACAUGGUCAACGACGUCAUCGUCCUCUUGAUUCCCAUCCCGCAGAUCUUAAAGCUGCAAAUGUCGGUCCGCAUAACCCACCUCUCAACCUUCUCCCGCGCCCUCGACAUAACCUGGCAAAUGGGCCCCGUCUUCAUCUGGUCCGCAAUAGAACCAUCCAUCGCAAUCGUCUCCGCCUGCCUCCCCCACCUCGCGCCCCUCCGCCGCCUCGUCCGCCACAAAAUCUCAUCUUCCCUGGGCCACUCCAGUGGCAAUGCUGGAGGUGGAGGUAGGCCCUCAUCCAACAGCGCACCGUGGCGAUUAAAGUCGAAGCAGAGCACCAGCGCAGGAAAGAACAGCAGCUCGCAAAAGGGGACAGGUGGCGCCAUGUUCACGUACGGCGGGUCGAGGUUUAAUUUUGGCGGUGGAGGUGGGGCCGAAGUCAAGUUGGGCGGGGAGUCGGAUGAUGAGAUUGGACUUACGAAUCGUAUCACGGUUAGAUCUGGCGGUGUCAAGAAUUUGUCUACUGGGUCUGGGUCCGAGGAGAAUAUCAAUGGGGGGUCAAUUGUUGUUCAAUCGAGCUUUAUCCAGGAGAGCAUGAGGAAUUCGAGAUAG